CCAGGACUGAGCACAGCAGAUGGCACGUUGGGUGCAGCACUACUCUGAGUUGUAUUCUAGAGAAAAUGUGGUAACUGAAGAAGCAUUAAAUAACAUUGAGUGCCUGCCUGUCUUGGAGGAGCUUGACAGUGAACCAACUUCAGAAGAACUAAAUGCGGCCCUGGAUUCCCUUGCCUCUGGCAAUGCACCCAGGAAAGAAAACAUCCCUGCCGAAGUUCUGAAGUGCUGCAAAGAGAACAUCCUCACUGAACUGCAUGAAAUCUUCUGUCUUUGUUGGAGGGAAAGUGGAGUAUCACAGGACAUGAAAGAUGCAAAUAUCGUCACACUAUACAAGAGCAAAGGCGAUGGGUGACUGUAACAACUACUGCGGCACUCUCUUCUUAGUGUUGUAGGGAAGCUGCUUGCCUGUGUUGUACUAAAGAGGCUCCAGGUGCUUGCAGAGAGAGUCUAUCCAGAAUCACAGUGUGGAUUUCGAGCCAACAGAUCCACUACUGACAUGGUAUUUUCCUGCAGUUGCAGGAAAAAUUCAGGGAACAAAGACAGCCACUUUUCGUAGCCUUCAUAAAUCUUACGAAGGCAUUUGACUUGGUUAGCAGGGACAGUCUUUAUAAAAUUCUCCCCAAGAUUGGAUGUCCACCUCAGCUCCUCAACAUCAUCAGGUCCUUUCAUGUGGAAAUGAAGGGCACUGUAGUUUUUGAUGGCUUAACAUCAGAUUCCUUUGAUAUUCGAAGUGGAGCGAAGCAGGGCUGUGUCCUCACACCAACUUUUUUUGGAAUCUUUUUUGCUGUCAUGCUGAAACAUGCUUUUGGCACUGCAACAGAGAGUAUUUACCUCCAGACCAGAUCAGACGGAAAACUCUUUAAUCUCUCUAGAUUGAGAGCAAAGUCUAAAGUCCAGCUGAAAUGCUUACGGGAUUUCCUCUUCGCUGACGAUGCUGCUGUUACUGCUCACUCUGUCAAAGAUCUUCAACAAUUUAUGGACUGUUUUAGCUAGGCCUGCCAAGACUUUGGACUAAUAAUCAGCCUGAAAAAAACACAAGUCAUGGGUCAGGAUUUGGAUUCACCUCCCUGUAUUACAAUCUCUACACAAGAACUGGAGGUCAUCCGUGACUUUGUUUAUCUCAGCUCAACUAUCUCUGACACUCUCUCUUUAGAUACUGAACUGAAUAAACAUAUUGGUAAAGCGGCCACCACAUUUUCCAGACUUACAAAGAGGGUAUGGCUUAAUAAGAAGCUGACGGAACAUACAAAGAUCCAGGUCUAUAGAGCCUGCAUCUUGAGCACACUCUUGUUCUGCAGUGAGUCUCCGAUGUAUUCUUGGCAUUACCUGGCAGGACAAAGUUCCAAAUAGUGCAGUCUUGGAACGUGCUGGAAUUUCUAGCAUGUAUGCACUACUGAAACAACGACAUCUACGCUGGCUUGGGCAUGUUGUGAGAAUGGCUGAUGGUCGAAUUCUGAAAGAUCUCCUCAGAGGAGACCACAGUUGUGAUAUAAGGAUAUCUGCAAGAGGGACCUAAAGGCCCUGGGAAUGGACAUUAACAACUCCAAUUGUUCAGCUUGGAGCCUAAAGAUGCAGCAUGGCCUUCUCCAAUUCGAAGAGACAUUUGUUCGGCAGGCUGAGGCAAAGAGGCAGUUCUGGAACCAGCGAAAUCUGGGGGCUGGGCAGGGGACAGAUGUAUCUGCCCUCAGUGUGGAAGGGAUUGCCACUCUCAAAUUGGCCUUUUUAGUCACACUAGAUGCUGUUUUAGGAUUUCUUUCCAGAGCAUGAUACCAUAGUCUUUUGAGAUUGAAGGAUGCCAAUACAAUGUAAAUGUAUUAAAUCAGGUGUCGUCCUUUAGAGCGACCUUAAAAGCAGCUGCUGUGGCCCCAUCCACAGGAGGUUUUUCUUUUCCCUGUGCUCUCAUGGUCACAUGGGCUGCCAGUUGGUGCAAUGGGAGCAUAGGUUUGACUAUGUCUACUUUAGAGCAGUUAUACUGAGGCAUUCUUGACAAAGCAUCAGCUAGGAUUUUUUUUCCUCCUGCUAAGUAGUGCAAGGUAAAGUUGAAAUGAUGAAAGUAUUGGGUCCAACAUGCCUGUUUAGGAGAGAGUUUCUGAGGGGUUUUCAGGACUUCCAGGUUUUUGUGAUCGGUCCAAACCUAGAAAGGGAUUUUACUUCCCUCCAAGAAAUGCCUCCACAAAAGGAGUAGCAUAUGCUUCCUUUUCCCACACAGCCCAAUGCUAUUCAGUUUCAGUUAGUUUUUUAGACGUGUACUCACAAGGCUGUAACUGUCUGUGCUCAUUCUCUUGCAUUAGUAUGGCCCCCACUACUACAUCAUUGGCAUCUGCUUGGAUGACAAAUGGUUUGUCUGUGUCCGGGUGUUUUAGUGCUGGCUUGGCAGAAAAGAGCUGCUUGAGCUUUUUGAAUGCUGCCUGGCAUUCCAUAGUCCAUUUCAGUGAUUGGCUGGGUCCCCCCUGGGGUUUGUCCCCUUUUGUUUUCAAUAAGUUCAUGAUGGGGAGGGCAAUUUGUGCAAAAGAAGGAAUGAACUGUCUGUAAAAAUUAGCAAACCCUAGGAAGUUCCCAGUUGCUUACUGGUGCAGGGUGGUACCCAUUCCAACACUGCCCACACUUUCUCUGGGUCCAUUUCAAUCCCUUCAUGGGAAAUUUUAUAGCUUAAGUAGUCAAUUUUGCCCUGAUGAAACUCACAUUUAGAUAAUUUGGCAUACAAUUUAGCAGCAUGAAGCUUCUGUAGGACAGCUCUAACUAGUUUUAUAUGUUCAGCUUUUGUUUUUGAGUAAAUAAAAAUAUCAAGAUAAACCAGCACCACUUUGUACAGAUGUUCAUGGAGGACAUCAUUUAUCAACUGCAGGCGCUCCUUGCAGUCCGAAUAGGAACACUCUAAACUGGAAACAGUCAAGUGAGCAGGUCACUACUGACAAAUUGCAUGCCUCGCAGGAAAUAAGAAGCCUGGUCUUGUGAGAAGAUUUGUUAGCAACUGACUUUAAAACUUCAUGAUGGAGACAGAAAAGCUGCUGACCCCAGUGAAUAGUUAUGGAUCUCAUGAUAGGGAUUUGAGGCCAGUCUUAGGAUCUACUCCCUUUUACCCAGAAGAGGAAGAAUUCCGAAGGUGUCUCAAAUAUUACUUCAUGAGCCCCUGUGACAAGUUUCGUGCCAAAGGUCGGAAGCCAUUUAAAUUGGUGCUUCAAGUGAUCAAGAUCCUAAUAGUCACCAUUCAGCUCAUUCUCUUUGGGCUCAGCAAUCAGAUGGUGGUAACAUUCAAAGAGGAGAACACUAUUACAUUUAAGCAUCUCUUCCUGAAGAACUAUGCAGAUGGGUCAGAUGAUACCCAUGCAGUUUAUACCCAAGCAGAUGUCUAUGACCAUAUCUUCCAUGCAGUGGAAAAUUAUUUGGCCAUUCCGAGUGAGACAAUUGGACGCUAUGCCUAUGUUCACCCAGACAAUGCUAACCAAUCAGCUCUCAUGCUCUGCCAGCAAUAUUACCGCAAGGGAAGAAUUGACCCAGCCAAUGAUACUUUCAACAUUGAUCCCAAGGUCAUCACAGAAUGCCUUGGUGUGGAUCCCCCAGAGAAGAUUCCUCCUCCAUCUGAACUCAGAAGGAAACAUCCAGAUAUAGCAUUGGACCGCAGCUACAAAAACUUUACUCUUAAAUUUUACAAGCUCAUUAAUGUCACAAUUGACUUCAAGCUAAAAGCCAUCAACAUCCAAACAAUAAUCAAUAAUGAAAUUCCAGACUGCUACACUUUUUCUAUAACAAUUACAUUUGACAAUAAAGCACACAGCGGCAGAGUGAAGAUCCGUCUGGAUAACAAAGUUGACAUUCAAGAAUGCAAAAACCCAAGCAUUUCUGGCAAAGGAGACAACCGUUUCCGGAUGUUCUUCGAUGUGGUGGUGAUAGUUAUCUGUGUCUUAUCUUUCAUCUUGUGUUCCCGCUCAAUUAUCAGGGGGCUUCGACUGCAGCAUGAGUUCAGUGGGUUCUUUCAGCGACACUACAGCCAAAAUAUCUGUCUUUCUGAUCGCAUGGAAUUUCUUAAUGGCUGGUACAUUUUGCUAGUGGUGAGCGACCUCCUUACAGUGUCUGGCACAAUAAUGAAAAUUGGGAUAGAGUCCAAGAACUUUGCUGACUAUGAUGUCUGUGGCAUCCUUCUGGGUACCUCCACACUCUUGGUCUGGGUUGGGGUCAUGCGCUACCUGAGUUUCUUUCAAAAAUACAAUAUUCUCAUUGUUACCAUGAGGGUUGCUUUUCCCAAUGUCAUCCGCUUCUGUUGCUGUGUGGCAGUGAUCUACCUGGGCUACUGCUUCUGUGGAUGGAUAGUCCUGGGUCCCUAUCACGUCAAGUUCCGCUCUCUCUCAAUGGUGUCUGAAUGUCUGUUCUCUCUCAUCAAUGGGGAUGACAUGUUUGUGACAUUUGCCAGCAUGCAGCAGAGCAGCUACUUGGUGUGGCUUUUCAGUCAAUUGUACCUGUACACCUUCAUCAGCCUUUUCAUCUAUAUGGUGCUCAGCCUCUUCAUUGCUCUUAUCACUGGGUCCUAUGAGACCAUCAAGCAUCAGUGUGAGGGGGAAGCAUCUGUCACUCAGCUCCAUGCCUACAUAGCUGAAUGCAAAGACAGCCCCGAAUCUGGCAUGUUUCGCAAGGAAAACAGCUCUUCAUGUUCUAUUUUCUGCUGCUGUGAACGAAGCCCGAUGCAGGAGAAUGUGUUGGUGGUGAACUGAGAGCCUCAUGGGAACAAAGGGGACUGUUUUGCUGCUUCUUGAUGGACUGUCUGGGAGACAAAGUGCCUGGAAGUGGACUACAAAUAAGCGAACAGUGGUCUUUAAUGGCAGGGUUUGGGAUAUGAGAGGUAGCAGCUUGCAGUAUGAGACCUAGGUCUGUUCCCUGCAGAGCUGUUGCAAUAGUCCUCUGACUAACAAGAUUCCUGGGGAGAAGGAGGAAGAAUAGCUUUUUAAAUAACCUUAGUAGGACUGCAUUAGACUUUAUUGAAAUCACUACAGUAGAUCUCAUCUUUCUCAAGUUGGGUGAAACUAGAAGGUUUGCAAAGUAUUACCAUGAGAAACAAACAGCUUUUUAAAAAAUAACUUUGUUUUAGAAGAAUAAAAAGGAAUAGCAAAAAGGACAUGGCAGGAAUAAUCAAGGCAAAACCCUUGUGUUGCCUCUGAGAUCCUUAAAUUACCCAUGCUUCCUCUGGGUACUUCAAAGGAUCCAUUUGCCUCAGAAAAGACUGACCCAAUGGCAUUAGUCUUCAAGCAACACCCAAAGGAGUAAAUGUCUCUAACAUAAAACAUUCUCAUCUGAUUGGUACUUGGCAGGUUCAGAAUGCUAUAGAAUGAACUGAAAUUAAUGAGUGGGGCUGGGAGGGGCAAAUAACAGCUGUUUAAAAAUACGAGAGGAUGGUGGUAGCUUAAGAUUGGUAGCCUGGCAUGGAAAAAUUCUGUCAACCAUUUGGUCAUUUUUGUACAAAAUGCCAGAAUGCAGAUAUUUUGCAAUUUGGUAAUGAAGAGGCAAUAUCCAUGUCACCAUUUGAAUGAGAGACUGACCCUGCUUCUUAUGGGUAUCAGAAUUUGAACUGAAAACUCUCCUCACUGUAAUGCCAAAAUGCCCCAAUGCCCAUCAUCCCCUGGAAUUCUCUCUGGUCUAGUUCUGAUUAUUCCUCCGGUGACUCUCAAGGCUUCUCACCUGAUCUGCUUUGAGCAGAUAAUCUUACAUAUGUACCAUUUCAACUUCAACUUUAUAAAGCUCAUGAUCCAAAAGAUGAAAAGCACCAUGGAAUUUUUUACUUCAGAAGCAGAAAUUUAGAAAUUGCCCUGUUGGACUUCUAUUACAGGGAGGGAUUAAUUACAUCCUCCCACCAUUGUAUGUUCUUGUCUGUUAAACAACAAGUUGGUUUUAAAAAAUCAAGUGACCCAAAUAAUGUUAAAUAAGGGGCAGUUGUUUUAAAGCAGUAAUUUAAUACAACUGUAACAAAGAAUACAAUAUCAAUUUGAUUUUUUCCUGUUAGUAUAAUUUAUGAAGUACAGUUCUGGACUAUAAAAAUCAAUUAUUUAUAGCUAACAGUAUUAUUCUAAUAAAUAAUUAUGAGAAAAACAUGAAGAAGGAAAGCAAUUUAUUUUGGUUUUUCAUCCUGAAUACUAUGGGUAUUGUUAAUACUGCAGCACUGUAAUCUGUAUAUUUAAUAUCAAAAACCUAGCAACGUCAGAAAACCAGUUGGUUUUAUAAUGUCUAUCCUGAAGUCUAUUCUUUAUCCUAUCCUGAGUCUAUCUUGAAAAUGGUAAAUUUAUGUAUUUAUGCAGGGCUUCUGUAGAAAAGAGUCCUUACUCUCGCCUUUUUUUAAUCUGGUAACUCCAUUCUUUUUGGUUGAAAGUAUAAACAAUUAAAGAUGCCUACAGCUUCCGUUGUUUGAUUCUCAACAAGAAGUAUGUGCUACACACUUGCACAAUGUAUUGUAUGUGGGAAAUAGCUUGUUUUUACCUGGAAUUUUGCAUAGGUUUUGUUUGUAUGUACAACAUACUUCCCCCAGGAUGCACUGGGGGAGGUUUAUGGUAUAUAUAUUUGUAUAUCUAUAUAUAUAAAAGCAAAAACCACUCACACAUUAAUCACAAAAUCUCCAGAACUGUAAAGCCUACAAACUUGAAAUUUGGCACGUAUGUUCCUCUUGGCUUCUAGGUGCUAAGAAAGGAUUUUUCGAAAUGACCAUCAGAGCAUUAGUAUUUCCUAUAUUAUUAUAACACACUCUGAUACUAAUUAGUUAGAUGUUCUACCCCUCUCAACUUGAAAAUAACUGGAGAGAAUGGGAUAACAUAGGACAGGCUUCUGUGGGGGAAGCCUCAUGAAGAGAAGGGGCUAGAAAGCCUGAGGAGCUGUGAGGCCAGCCUGAGGGAGAGAAAGGGAGAUGCUUCUAUGGGGCAAGCCUGAGGGAGAGAAGGGAGAUAGGAGAGGAUCUGUGGGGCCAGCCUGAGGGAGAGAAGGGGAUAGGAAAGGAUCUAUGGGGCCAGCCUGAGGGAGAGAAGGGGUGAGGCUUCUAUGGGGCAAGCCUGAGGGAGAGAAGGGAGAUAGGAGAGGAUCUGUGCGGCCAGCCUGAGGGAGAGAAGGGGGUAGAAUAAGAGAGGCUUCUGUGGAACCAGCCUGAGGGAUGGGCCAGCCUGAGAGAGAGAAGGGGAGAGGAGGGGAUCUAUGGGGCCAGCCUGAGAGAGAGAAGGGGGAUCGGAGAGGAUCUAUAGGGCCAGCCUGAGGGAGAGAAGGGGGUAGGAUAAGAGAGGCUUCUGUGGAACCAGCCUGAGGGAGAGGAGAAGAUUUGUGGGGCCAGCCUGAGGGAGAGAAGGGGAUAGGAUAGUGCUGUCCCACUUGAAAACCAUCACGGAUCCGCUGUUAGACCCCUUGCAAUUUGCAUACCGAGCAAAUAGAUCAACAGAUGAUGCUAUUCAUAUGGCUCUGCACUACAUCCUACAACAUCUUGAAUCUCCAAAGACCUAUGCAAGGGUCCUCUUUGUAGACUUUAGUUCAGCAUUCAAUACCAUCAUUCCAGACACUCUUCUAACUAAGCUAAACCAGCUACAGGUACCUGAACAGACUUGUAAGUGGAUCACAAGCUUCCUAACAAACAGGAAGCAGCAGGUGAAGCUAAGCAGAAUCACAUCAGAUACCUGUACAAUUAGCACAGGGUCCCCACAAGGCUGUGUGCUGUCCUCACUUCUCUCUGUAUACCUAUGACUGCAUCUCUAACGAUCCACCUGUUAAACUACUGAAGUUUGCAGAUGACACAACAGUGAUAGGUCUCAUUCGAGACCGAUGAAUCAGCAUACAGAUGGGAGGUUGAAGAUCUAGUCUUGUGGUGUGACCGAAACAAUCUGGAACUGAACACACUCAAAACCGUAGAAAUGGUGGUGGACUUUAGGAGAAACCCUUCCAUACUUCCACCUCUCACAAUACUAGACACAGUAUCAACAAUAGGGACCUUCAAAUUUCUAGGUUCUACCAUAUCACAAGAUCUAAAAUGAACAGCUAACAUAAGAAACAUCAUCAAAAAAGCAGAACAAAGAAUGUUCUUUCUGCGCCAACUCAGAAAGCUCAAACUGCCCAAGGAGCUGCUGAUACAGUUCUACAGAGGAAUUAUUGAGUCUGUUAUCUGCACCUCUAUAACUGUCUGGUUUGGUUCUGCAACCCAACAAGAUAGACACAAACUUUAGAGGAUAAUUAGAACUGCAGAAAAAACAAUUGCUACCAACCUGCCUUCCAUUGAGGACCUGCAUACUGCACGAGUCAAAAAGAGGGCUGUGACAUCCUGGACAUAAACUGUUUUAGCUCCUACCCUCAAAACGACGCUAUAGAGCACUGCACACCAGAACAACUAGAAACAAAAACAGUUUUUUCCUGAAUGCCAUCACUCUGCUAAACAAAUAAUUCUCUCAACACUGUCAAACUAUUUACUAAGUCUGCACUACUAUUAAUCUCAUUGUUCCCAUCACCGAUCUCCUUCCACUUAUGACUGUAUGACUGUAACUUUGUUGCUUGUAUCCUUACGAUUUAUAUUGAUAUUGUUUCCUGAUUGCUUAUUUGUCCCCUAUAACUAUCAUUAAGUGUUGUACCUUAUGAUCCUCGAUGAAUAUAUCUUUUCUUUUAUGUACACUGAGAGCAUAUGCACCAAGACAAAUUCCUUGUGUGUCCAAUCAUACUUGACCAAUAAAAAUUCUAUUCUAUUCUA